GUCCCGUCGCUGCCUAGGCUAGGGAGCAUCCAGGGCAGCCACGUCUGCCUCGGCUGUAGGGACUCGGAAACCACCACCUAAGCCCGGCUGCCCUAGGGAGCGUCUGUCCCAACAGCUGUCUGUCUGUCUGUGCCGCUGCUGCAGGAUGCUGACCAGCCUGUAUGAGUGGUUUUGGAAGGAUGAGUAUUGGUUCCCUCCUGGAUACUCAUGGGCUGACACGGAAGAUUCAGAUGGGGUCACCUAUCCUCAUCCCAGGGACCUGCUGGCAUCCAUUCCCAUAGCAUUGGUUCUAAUGGUCAUCAGAUUUGGCUUUGAGAGGACCAUCGCGAUGCCGCUGAGCAGGGCUUUAGGUGUGCGUGAUCGCCUGAGAGUCAAAGCUGCCCCUAACCCUGUCCUAGAGAACUUUUUCCGGACCCACAAUAAGGAUCCAAAAGAGGCGCAGCUGAGUCACCUGGCCAGCCAGUGCGGCCUGUCCGUGAGGCAGGCCCAGCGCUGGUUUCGGCGCCGGAGAAAUCAGGAUCGACCGUUACUGAGCAAGAAAUUCUGUGAAGCCUGUUGGAGAUUUUUAUUUUACUUCUCUUCUUUCUUUGGAGGCUUCCUCGUGCUCUACAAUGAAACCUGGCUAUGGGAGCUCAAGACAUGCUGGGACAAAUACCCCUUCCAGCCUCUGCAGCCUGCCAUGUACUGGUGGUACCUCCUUGAACUUGCCUUCUACAUUUCUCUGCUGCUGACUCUCCCCUUUGAUGUUAAGAGAAAGGACUUAAAGGAGCAGAUCAUCCACCACUUUGUCACUAUCGUCUUGAUUGGAUUCUCUUAUUCUGCUAAUCUCCUGCGCAUUGGGACCUUGGUGUUACUGCUUCACGACAUAUCUGACAUUUUCAUGGAGGCCUGUAAAAUGUUUAAUUAUGCACAGCGGAGGCAUAUCUGUGACACACUCUUCAUCAUCUUUGCCCUGGUGUUCAUCGUUACCCGGCUCAUUAUCUUCCCAACCAAAAUUCUCUACACUACCUACUAUGAUUCCAUGAUCAAAUUCCAGCCCUUCUUUGGAUACUAUUUCUUCAAUGCCCUCCUCAUGAUCCUUCAGGUUCUCCAUGUCUUCUGGUCCGGCCUCAUCCUCCGUAUGGUCUACAAGUUUGUUUUAGCUGGCAGGAUGCAGAAUGACAUAAGGAGUGACUUGGAAGAACAGAAUACAAGUGAUGAGCAGUCCGAGGCACCCCGACAGAAGAAUGGGAGGCUUCAGUCCAAUGACAAAACAGACACUUGUACCCUUCCCCGGGCCAGGGUUGCUCGUGGGGCUGGGCCCAGCCAGCUGGCCAAUGGCCACGUCCCAGCAACAUAGUCUGGUCCGGCUCAGGGCUACCAGAUGGUCUGGCUCAGGGAUGAAACCUGGAUGACUGGUCUGCAGACUGUCUGAGGAUUCGGUUGUCAUGGGAAAUUUCCCAGAAUCUGAUGGAGCACGGACUCCAUAGGCCUGGACUAGGACCCUUUACUUAUUUCUCCAUCUCAUUUCUGUCCCCACCUCUGCUGGACCUGAGGGAGGAGGAAGAAAGAUAGAAUCUCGGUCGAAGAUUUGGGGGUGGGCUUAAUGAUCUUUCUCCUGAACAGCCUUUAUCCUGAGCCAGUAUCCCUGGACUGGCUGCUAAGGCCUUAGAAAGCCAGGGUGAUUGGGGAUAGGCUCUGUUUCUGCUGUGCAGGUACCCCUGAGGAGAGAGCUGAGGAACCCUAAGAGCCUCUUAUCCCCCUACCCCCCAGGAUUACAUCCCCAUGAGGUUAAGAAGGAGCAGGCUUCUUCCUGAGCCAAUAUGGGGGAUACAUGGGCUUGUAAGCCUGGGUCUGGAUUAAGCUGACCAGCCUCAGACCCUUCUCCCUGUCCCAGCCUGAAGCCUCACCUCUGCAAACCCUAGGAUUCAGGGUAGCCCAUUCAGAAUCGGGAUGGGGGUGCAUUCUGGGUUUCCCCAGACCCAGAGAGGGAACAAUAAAACUUGAAUGGAGUAGUUUUCACUGUC